AUGUCUCAAAUGGAACAGCUGUUGUCCGAUCAGUGGAGGUCUGCCGGAAGCGCUGGUCGCGACCAGCUCGAGCGCGAUGAUUUACGACAAGUCCUCGAUUUCGGCACUUGGGAAGACGUGCAGCUCCAAAUUCAAUCAAGUCUUGGCGGCCCUGCGGACUCUGCAAUCCACCAAGAAUUCGCCCUGCUGGGGCACGGUCUCUUGAAACUAAGAACCUUCACCGACAACUGCAUGCAGCAGGCUUCUUCGAGAAUUGACACAUCCGUACUCUGGGGACUUCUCAGGGUUAUCCUCAAGACAGGCGCCGCCGCAAAUGUUAUUCGAAUGCUGCGCGAGAAUUGCCACAAGAUCGAUAUUCUCAACAACCAUUUCACCAAGGCAAAUACAUUUACAGCAGAACUGAAGGAGUGUUGUGUGGAGAUUGGUGUCACCUUUCUCUCCUUCCUCUCCUUCCUAUUUUCUGUGGUCAAAUUCAUGCGAAACGACAUUAUAUACACAACCCAUGGAACUUCACUUGAAAUCGAGUGGGCGCCUUUAGAGCAGCAGUUCUCGUCAACUUCUCGUCACAUUGGCGAGGUAUUGUCUCGAAUUGAGAUGCUCUCCAAAUUCGCAGAGCGAUCGAGCCAGGCAAGCAGAACUUCCUCGGUCCAGGAACAGCCCUUACUAUCCUCCAGCUUGAAACAACUCUCUCUGUCGGACGAGCAUGCAAGACUGCCUUGUGUGGUCCUCCCAGCCAUCAGAACGUCACGAUACUUUGAUCGUGUUGAUCUCGGUCAGAAGAUCGAGGAGCAUUUCAAUGAGGUCGGCACGGAACAGUCAUUUCGAUCUCUGACGAUCCACGGUCUUGGAGGUGUUGGCAAAAGCAUAGUGGCCCUGAGAUAUGCCGAGAAUAAGCUGCGAAAAGGUGAGCUGGAUGCACUGUUCUGGGUGCAAAGUGAGAAGCUUGUCUCCACCAAGCAGAGUUUCACGGAUAUUGCCCUUCGUCUCAGAUUGCCAGACGCGCGACAAGGUGAUCACGACCAGAAUCUUGCUCUUGUACUCAACUGGCUUCAACAAACUCAUUGUCGCUGGCUCAUUGUGUAUGACAAUGCUGAAUUCGCCGACUUAAUCCGCGAUUUCUGGCCGCUUGCAAGCCGUGGCCAGGCUCUUAUCACGACACGCAAUCCAUCACUUGCCUUUGAGCUCGCAGAUCAUCUUACAUCCGAUCUCAAGGAAGACGAACUUACUUCUGCACAACAACUCUCGCAAAAACUUAGUGGACACGCUCUCGCGAUCUCGGCGAUGGCGGGAUUGAUACAUAGCCGUGCCUUGUCCAUCACUGAGUUCAUGAAUUUCUACAAUCAGGCUCCGAGCCAUCUGCAUGGAAUAUCAGGUAACCGCUCCAUCAAUGCACUUUGGGCUCUCUCGUUCAAGUCUCUCAACCCCCAGAGUCAUACAAUCUUGGGAGUAAUGGCUUUCGUUGAGCCGGACAGUAUCCCUCAAGCACUCUUUGAACUUGACUCUCCCGACGAUGUGCCCGAGUCACUCCGCUUCUGCUCGGAUCUCAUAAGCUUCUCGGGUGCAAUCGAAACUCUUCUCACUCUUGCUCUCGUUAAAAGAGAUCACACAUCAACGACCUUUUCGCUACACCGACUUGUACAGGCGGCUUUCAAGCAUUCUAUGACGUCUGAGCAGCGACAAGAGGCUUUCAACAAUGCUGCAAUUUUAAUGUACCACACUCAUCCCCGGAGAGACGCUAACAGAGCAAAUUUGUAUCUGAUGUGGGACCUGUGUGCUAAGUAUCUUCUGCAUGUCAUCAGUCUCAAAGAUUGUUUCCGCGAAGAGAAGAAAUUCAACCCCAAAUUCACAGCAUUGUCACUCUAUUGCAGUCUCAACAACUCUUGCCAGCGAUAUCUCUUGGAAAUCAAUUCCUUGGAUGAUCUUGCAGAUCUGAUCGAGGUUAACACCAUGGCUUUGAAUACGCUGCCUCCGGAAGAUCAAGCAAUUAGUCUGCAAGGUUCCCUGUCUUCUCACCGUGGCCAAUUGCUCCUUCGUUUGGGUAAGCCAGAAGAAGGAGUACAGUGGCUGAAGAAAUCGUACGAAAUUCGCAGCCACGACGUACCAUUCAGCCCUCGAGAAUCAGCUUGGGCCGCGAAUAAUGCUGCAACAGGGAUGGCUACUCUCAACAACUUUACCGAAGCCCUUGAAUGUGCUCAUUUCGGGCUUGGUCUAGUUGAUCGUCACAAUAUUGAUUUUGAAUCUGCAGGGACCCAUUUUCUGGAAGCCCAGAACUUAUGGUUGAAAGGAGACCAGAUGCGAACAAAUCCUUUCAAUGCAGGUUGUAUGUACCACUUAGGCUGCGUUGCACUGGAUCGAGGAAAAGUAGAAUCUGCAGUACGACACUUGCGUGAUGCACUGACUAUCACCCAGAUGCGCACUCAUAUCAUGAUGGCUGAGCAUGCAAGAGUCCUCUUCAAACUCUCCGAAGCUUUGGAACAAGAACCUCGGCACGGAGAAGAAGCUCAGCUGAUGCGAGAGGAAGCGGAACGCCUGCUGCGUCUACGCAGCCCGAACGAAGUGAACCCAGGUUCCGAAUGUACCUAUGAUAGCUUGAUACUUAUUGACUGGCGCUGA